UCAAAAAGCUUUAAUCACAGGAAUCUCAUAAAAAUAGUAAAUGGAGAUAGUUCGAAAAUUUUUAAGUCAAGUUUUGACAGCGGAAGAUGCUAACCAUCUAUUACCUCUACUAGUUAAACUAGGUGCAACUUCUUUGUCAGAUUUACAAUUUUUGGAUGUUGAAGCAGACCUAGCUAAUGUGUUACCACCUAUAAAGAGACGAAAAUUAGCAGCGGCUUUAGGAAAUACAGCUUGUUUAUCAACUGUUUUAUUUCAGAACAGAGUGAAUAUAUGUGAACCAUUUCCAACAUUUAUUUGUGAAAGAACAAAUAGAUUUGAAAAACAGAAUGUUUCAAUAAUGAAUGCACUAAAAAAUCACCCAUUUAAGAAUAUUUUAAUCAGUGAAGCAGAAAAGCCUAUAAUGGAUAAAAAAAUACAUCGUCUUCUUGUUAAAGUAGCAUGCAGUCACUUAAUUGACUGCUUUGGAAAAUAUCCCCCACCAGAGUAUCAGCUGGCUAUGGCUAAAAGCAUUGUGACAACCUUUAAAUACAGGUCAUGCAGAGGUGGAAAUGGAUACGAAUUAUAUUAUUCUCCAGGCUCAUCAAAAGGCUUUUUGACUAAUCGAUUCAGAGAAAUUUAUCGUCAAUAUCCUGCAGAACAGAAAAAAUACCGUCCACGCAGUAAUAAAAUGAAUAAGAAAUGAAUGUAUUGCAAAGCAUACUCAGCAGUAAUUUAAUAAUAAAAGCAAAAUGGGUCUAAAAAUGAAAACUUGGAAGACAACGCAUUCAGUUACAAGAAGUUUAGAGUUUUUAUAAUUAUCAAAAAUACUAUAAUAUAAAAGACUAUUUAUCA